AUGGUCCGCAACGUGCCCCGCGAGCUCUUGAACUUCAACAUCGACCGCUACGUCAACCCCUUCAUCCUUCCCAAUCCCACCUCCACCUUCCCCAAACCCAUCGCCCACUUCCUUGGCCACCGAAGCCAGCCGUCCAAAGACCCUCCCUCUGUCAUCGACUGGAUCCUCACCGCCAUCGCAACCGUAGCCGGCAUCUGCUCCGUAGGCGCGGUCUUCAGCUAUGGCCCGGGAAUCCACCAAUGGAACCCACCAUCCAUUGUCGCGAGUCUAGGCGCCAGCGCGGUGCUCUACUACAACACCACGAAAUCGCCUCUCGGCCAGCCUAAGAAUGCCGUCCUCGGCCAUUUCGUCGCUGCGAUAGUGGGCACAGGCAUCGCAAAAGCCUUCCAGCUGCACCCCACCUUCUUCGUCAAAUACUCCUGGGUAUGCGCGGCGGUGGCAUGCGCCGGUGCCAGCGUGGCCAUGAGCAUCGUCCGCGCCGUGCAUCCGCCUGGUGGCGCCACGGCUAUUCUCGCCUGCACGGAAGCGGAGGUCAUCGCGCUGGGCUGGAGAUUCCCCGCCAUAAUGUUGGUCGCGAGUCUAGUCAUGUUGGGCGUGGCGUUGCUACUUGAUAACAUCGGACGGCAAUACCCUAUUUUCUGGUGGACGGGCGAAGCAGUGGGGAGCAAGCUGCCAUUGCGCCGCAACAAAGCGCAGCACGAGGGGGAAAGCAGCGCGGGCGCGGCGGAGAAGGGCGAAGCAGGGAGCGCGUCGGAAGAGGAGGAGAACAUCGCGGAGGCGGCGGAGGGAUGGGAAGACGAGCAAAUCCAGGAGGACCGCGCGUCGAAUGGAGACAUUUGGUUUCGGGAGGAGCUGGAUGCUAUUCGUAUUGCGCCGGAGGGGAUCAUGGUGCCUACGCACGUUGAGCUGGCGCAAAAUGAAGUGGAGAUGUUGAGGAGCUUGAUGCUACGCAUGCAGAAGAGGGAGCUGGAUGUUUGA